CUUUGAUUCCUCGGCGGGAAGUGAAGAAACUGUUAGAUCGUUUCAAUAUAUUAUUCUGAAGCAUAUUGUUUGAUUGUAUCUAAGUGAUCCAAGCUAUAUUUCAUUAAUACUAGUACACAAACAUACUAUAAUUCAAGAAUAAAUUAUGGAUAGCUCAAGAAAACGAAUUCUUAUUCCAUCUUCCAUAAGGGCUAAACGAAGGAAGAGAUCAGAAUCUGAGGAAGACGACUCAACAUUUACAAAAUUUUUGAAAUCUUGCGAAUUUUUUGUUAAAUCUGGAGACGAACCUCAUCAAAUUUGGAUUGAACAAGAAUUAUUUAAGAAGCGUCUUAGAUCCAGAUUUAAAAGUGAAUUUGGUACCGAGGCUGUACAAGCGUUUAUGAAAGGCUUGGAAGAAAAAUGUCGGCAAUUAGUGACUUUUAGACGAUGUCUGGUUCCCUCUAUAACUCCUUCCGAAGCAGAUACAGCUUCAAAAGGCAGGGCUCAAGAUAGUCUUAUUAAGCUGCUUUUAGGUGUUGACACUCUUCAUAUUCCCGUAAUGAAAUUUCUUCUUCAUAAAUUAGACGACUUCUGCGCUAACGAUUCUAUUGAUGAUGGCCAUGAAAACGUAAACUUUUCCAGUUUAAUUUUAAAUCAUAUGCGGUACUUGGAAAAAAUUGAAAAUACAGAUGAAGUUUUGGAUAAACUCUUAUCUAUCAUACCAAAAUCUUGUUUAUCGGUAAAACGGGAUAUUGUUACCUCUCUUCCAGAAAUGCUAGGGGAUGACCUCCAUGACAAAGCUGCAGAUAAGUUAAGAGUAGUCUCUGAGGGAGAUUUAGAUUUAAUAUCUUCUGUCUUGGACGCUUUGUCGAAUAUGAACGUAUGCGAAAAUACCAUCACCGAGGUGGGAGACCAUGUUUUAGAGAUAAUUCAGCAAUUACAAUCCGACGAUGUAGCUAUUGCUGUUCGAUUUCUAAUGCAGAACACGCCUUCAAAGCAAUUACCUGAGGUCUGUUCUUCAAUAAGGCGAUUAUUGAAUUUCAAUCAAUUGAAGUCACCAAAGAACACUCCUCGUCCAAAAUCUCAAAAAAUUAAGAAUCGAAAAAUUGAUUCCGCGAGUCUCUUAUUAAACACAGUGAAAUCUGCAGUAAAAUUUGAAAGAAAGCAAGCGGAAGCUUGGCUUAAGGCAAUUGAAAAUGCUAACGAGCUAUGUCCCUUCGAUAUGUGUCUUCUCUUUGUGCUGGAUUCUUCCAACUUGAGCAAACAAGCUAUAUCAACAUUUAGAAAUAAAAUUAGGAAUAGGCAAAUUAAUAAUAAUGUUAUAGAGAGGACGUUUAACGGAUACUCUAAAGUUAUCCAAAGCUACUUCACUUCAAUUUUAUUACUUGCGGAUAACCUAUUUAAAAGUAAUGAAGAUGUUCUAAACUCUUUCGGUUGCGACAUGCUAAAACUUGCAUUUCCUCAUUUUGAUUAUUUUGAAAAACAGGAAAUAGUAAGAAAUCUGUUUUCAUAUUUAGAGAGUACAUCUCCUAAUCAAGUAAAUGCUGGAUUAGAUAUUUUGUCCUACUUUGUUAACAAUUACAUUUCCGAUAUGGAGCCAUUUACUAUUUUUGUUCAAGAUGUUUUCAAGAACCAAUUGAAAAUUCUCCAGGCGAUGACUAUUACACAGCUGCAGAAGCUAUUUUAUAUUCUAUGCCUUCUAGCAUUCGAUGCGGAACAAAACGCAUCACUGACAGAAGACCUAAAAAUAAGAAUAAUGAAGUUACUUGCCACGGACUCUGUUAAGAAAAAGAGUAUUGGUAUUAUCGGUGCAAUCCAUGUGUUCCAAUACCUUGGGAGAAGUAAAACUGAUAUCAUUGAUAGUGAGUCUAGUGAUUAUUUUGAUAGCGAGAAUUUGGAAGAGGUAGAGAGAUACUUUAACGUAAUUAAGAAUUGUUUGAAGUGCUGUCCUGAGGCUGAAAUAUUACUUUAUGACGAAUUAACUGAACUCAUAAAUAAUGGUGGGCUCCAUAAAGAUGUUGAGUUGAUUAAUGCCUUUUGUCAAGAAUUGAAAAGUCCAAAAGUAGCGACCAAGAUAAUUCGUAGAUUACAGAAUGUUAUUGAUAUUCGAAAAGUCAUUGACAGCUGCCUAUCAGGAAUAAAGGAUUAUAGUCCACCUUUAGCUUAUGCCAAUUUAGGAGAAAAAGUUACUCUUUCACUUACCUCAACUGUUACUAAAAAAAAAGCUACAAAAAAAAAAGUUGACAAAAGUAACGAUACUACCACUGACAACGAAUCUAUUUUUUCGAUUGAUAAAUCUGAAAAUUUUGAUGAUGAUACUACGAGUACCGCUAUUACUUCGUCAACCCAGUCUAAACAAUUCCGUGAAUUCUUUCGUGAAAUGGAUCUGCAUAAUUUGCGAUUAAUAGAAUUUGGAAUAUCUGAUGAUUCUUUGAAAAUUAACAUUUCAAGCUCUAAUGUUGCAGAGACAAACGAUUCACUGACACUAAAUCAGUUAGGUUAUCUACUGGACGACUUCAAACAAAAACUAGAUAUUAUUUUACCGUCUUCGUCAAGCUCACGACAUUUUGGUUUUAAAACAUCAAAAAUUGGUGGAUUAAAAAAUUUUCUUCGAAUUACGGACAGACAAUUAGUUGAAUUUUUCAACCAAUUGCUUCCAACUUUACUUGAAAUCCUGGAAAGGUCUACAGGAAAACUACAGGAGAAGAUAGAUGAAAAUGAUGGUGUUCUUGAUGGACCAGCCGUUAAUUCUGUCGAAGGGCAACAACUAAAUCUUUGUUAUGAGAAACUUAUUAACAUUUUAUGCAGCUUUUUUUCUUGGAGUGGAUUUAAACUAUCUAAUAAUAAAGCCCUCCUACAAAAAGCGGUUGAAAUGAUAUCAGGAAGGAUCAGCAGUAAUACAGGAAAUACAGAAAAUGCUUUUAUUUAUUUUGCAAACUUGACAAAGUUCACAAAUAGGCUAUCAAUCGCUGUGACUAUUUGUCGCAUUCUCUUGAAUUUGUUGGAAACAUGUCGGUGUGAUCCAGAAACUGAAAAAAAUCGAAUAGCAAAUCUUGCUGAAGAGUUUUUAAAAAGAGAAUGGUGGGAUGGGAAAGUUAAAGACAAAGGAGCUAAAUAUCAUGAAAAUAUUGACUUCUUUGUUGGGAUCUAUUUGUCAAAUAAAUCUCCAACUAUGGAUGUGCUAUCCGAUGUUCUUGAGGUAGGAAUAAAAGAGUUGACAGAUGACGGUCAGAUCUCGGAAACAUAUCAAACUCUGAAUAAAUCAACGUUACCCAUUUAUUACAAGCAUAUGAUGUCAACCCUUUUAGAGUCAAUGCAAACAAUAGGAAAGGCACGAGCCGCGGAUGACUCUCAAACAAAAUUGGAAAUACUUAGACUUUGGAUAAAGCAUGCAAAUUUUUUAAACGUUCUGCUUGGAUUAGUGAAAAUGUUUGACUCACGUCAGAUUUUACUAACGGUUUUCAAGGUUGGAACAAAGAUUUUAGACCUAUUUAAGAAAUUUGCUGUCAGUACAUUAGACUGCCUUCUUAAAUCCCACAAAGAUAAAUGUCUGAGUUUCAUUACUGCUUUUAAAAAGUGUAAUAGUCUGUUACAGCAUUGCACGACUUAUGUGAAGGGAAGAGAGGACCCUGCGUUAGCUAAUCAUGUGCCUGUUCUGAAAAGUACAAUGGAAGCCGUAAUUUAUAGUAUCGAAAGCAUGGUUUAUCGGAAUCAAUGUGGAGAUGCUUUUCUUAUCGGUAAUAUGAAAAAUAGAACACUUCAAGGAAGUGAAAUUUAUGAUAUGAAUACGCAAGAAAGUGAAAGUGACGUUUUAGAGAAGUCCCCUGAAAAUAAUGCUGAUGAAAUGGCUUCUGAUAUAGAAGACGAUCAAGACAUGUCUGCAUCGCUGUAA